GGCCUGAGGACGAGUAAACACGAAAACGAGGACGCGAAGUCCUCAGAAUUAAAGAUGGCGUCUAGCGAACAAGCGAACAAUGAACAACGUGGUGUUUUUCUUAAUGAAAAUGACAUUCCGGGUGCAUCUCUUUUGGGCAGAAAGCCUGAAGAGCUUAAAAAUAAUGAGUUGAGAUUCUGGUUGCAGUGUCGUGGUGAUCCGGCCAAAGGAUUGAAAACUAAAGCCCAGUUAGCGAAAAGAGUUCACGAAUAUAUCAACAGUGGAAAAGACAAAGAAAUUGUAGAUCCUGAUCCAAACAAGAUAUAUAGUCGCAGAAAAUCAAGGAUUGAACAAAACACAGCCCUAGCAACCAACCAAACAAAAACUAUCACCUUCCCUCUCCACUGGUCUACAUCACUGGAAAAAAUGCCUCUUUUCACCAUCGCAGAGAUGAACAACCACAUCGUUAAGUCCGGGAAGAGGUUUGGAAACAAAGAUCACCACUCCGUGCCAACAAAUUUGAUAAAAGCAAAAAGGUUCCUGGACGAUGAAUAUCUAGAAGAAAUCGAGUCAAAUCAUGACGCUGAGAUCUUUUACUUUAGAUCAAAGUGCUGCCAUAGUUUCCGAAAGAAUGAUCCCCCUCAUGAUUGGCUUGGUCUGUUUUGUGGUGUUUUGUACUUUGUAUGGUUUGUGUUUAUGGGCACGUYGUCUUUGUCGUAUUUUGUGUUUGUUCAUUUUUUGUGCCCUGUUGUCAGCAUUGGAAACAAGUUCCAAACAAUGUUGGUUAGUACUUAG